AUGGAGCAGCGCUUUGACAGAGGGAAAGCUAGGAUCGAACGCGUCGUCUUGGAUUGCACGUGCGGCGAGGCUAGGGUAGUCGAUGAGAGGGUACGGAGCGAAAGUCAUAGAAAAGGAGAGUCUGCGGAUUAUCAGGUGACCGGUAAGGGUGGAGACCCCACUUGUCACAUUGUGGUUCCGGGGCCUCCAUGCCCUCUAGUCCCUCUAGUCGAGAGGCGUCAGGAUAACCCAUUGCCGGCUGAUUAUUGGCCGCAGGUCUCACGCAAGCGCUGCGAAGCGGUACCACGGUACAGUACCAGUGGAGGUAGAAUAUUCCCUCCCUACAUAUGUUGUCCCUCCAGCAGCUUCAGACUUCCUCUCAACCAUGAAGAGGAAACUGUUCCUGCAGCUCGCUCCAACUCUAUGCAGUUACAUCACCUCGUCACCGCCGCCGAGGUUUCGCAGCGCCGUCCACGCCCAUGGCACGAAGGAUGUGCCUGA